UUUUGCACCCCCCCGAACCGAACCCGCCCCCCACCCCCAGCUGCUCUUCUAACCCGUCACCGCGUGUGAGCCAAUUACCACUACCAAGCGCAUUCCUCAUCUCUUUCUUUCUCUCUCUCUCUCUAAAGAAAAGAAGAGAAAAGAUAAACCAAACACCCAACAUUAAAUUGGUAUAAUCGAGUGAAUACCUCUGCUCUGCUCUGCUCUAUAGGCCAGGCCAGAGUAGCUUGGGAAAUCGUAUCCAUGAGAUCGACUUCCGUCGACAGCGGGUCCAGGGCUUCCAGUUACACCCGUACAUUCGCCUUGCCUGAUGAUCAUCAUCAUUCUAGAGACUCUUCCGCCGACUACCUCAACUUCGGCGGUGCAAUGCUCCCCGUCUUCCUCAACGACCUCCGACGCAACCGCCACCCCAACGAUUUCGUCCAAGUUACGCUAGAGCUCGACGCCGCCGCCGACUCCAUUCUUGUCUGCAGCGUCGCCCCUACUUCCAAUGCGGCCGCCGACGACCAACCGCCCCCUGCCAACGGAUUUCUCGCCAGGAGUCUCUCUGCUACUUCCAGAAUUCGCCGGAAAUUCUCCUGGCUCAGGUCCUCGUCGUCCCGAGCGCCGUCGGAAACCGAAGCACCGACGGUCUCGGCUCGCGAUGUCAUGAGAAUGCGAGCCAAACUUGACAGGACGAGAUCCAGCGCUCAGCGAGCACUCAGAGGCCUCCGCUUCAUCAGCAAAACCACGGGAACGUCGGACGCCAACGAGCUCUGGAGGAAGGUGGAGUCGCGAUUCGAUUACCUGGCCAAGGACGGUUUGCUCUGCAGAGAGGACUUUGGAGAAUGCAUCGGAAUGGUUGACUCCAAAGAGUUUGCUGUGCGAAUAUUCGAUGCAUUGGCGAGGCGAAGACGUCAGAAGCUUGGGAAGAUAUCCAAAGAAGAGCUUCACGAUUUCUGGUUGCAGGUUUCAGACCAGAGCUUUGACGCUCGUCUUCAGAUUUUCUUUGACAUGGUGGAUCGCAACGAAGAUGGAAAAAUCACCAAGGACGAAGUUCAGGAGCUUUUGAUACUCAGUGCUUCAGCCAAUAAGUUGUCCAAGAUAAAGGAUCGAGCGGAGGAGUACGCUUCGCUGAUAAUGGAAGAGCUAGACCCAGAAGAUCUUGGCUACAUAGAGAUAUGGCAGCUGGAAACGCUUCUCCUACAAAGAGACAACUACAUGAACUAUAGCAGACCUCUCAGCACAGCCAGUGCGGGUUGGAGCCAGAACUUAAGCACGUUUAGGCCUAACAACUUAGCUCGCACGGUAGCCUGCAGCCUCAAGUGUAUGGUAGUAGAGCACUGGAACAAGGGUUGCAUCUUACUGCUUUGGAUCCUGGCCAUGGCUGGCCUAUUUACUUGGAAGUUCUAUCAGUACAAGGAAAGGGCAGCGUUUCAAGUAAUGGGUUAUUGCUUGGCGAUAGCUAAAGGAGCCGCAGAGACUCUAAAGCUCAACAUGGCCUUAAUCCUCUUACCAGUGUGCCGAAAUACGCUUACAUGGCUCCGGUCUACAAGAGCCAGACAUUUUGUCCCUUUCGACGACAAUAUCAAUUUUCACAAGAUAAUUGCAUGUGCUAUAGCAAUUGGAGUCAUGCUUCAUGCUGGGAGUCACUUGACAUGUGAUUUUCCCCGUCUGGUUAACUCGUCCCCAGAAAAAUUUGCCUUGAUAGCCACCGACUUCAAUGAAGUAAAGCCCACAUACAAGGACCUUCUUACAGGUGUUGAAGGACUGACUGGCAUAUCUAUGGUGAUUCUCAUGACUAUUGCUUUCACACUGGCAACAAGACACUUGAGGAGAAAUAUACUUAAGUUGCCACCACCUUUCAACCGACUUACAGGCUUUAAUGCAUUCUGGUAUUCUCAUCACCUUUUCGGCCUAGUCUACGUGUUGCUACUAAUCCAUGGAACCUUCUUGUUCUUGUCCCACGGAUGGUAUCAGAAGACGACGUGGAUGUACGUCUCUCUUCCUCUCAUCGUCUAUGUUGGAGAAAGGAGUCUCAGAACAUGUCGAUCAGAACAUUAUUCUGUUAAGAUAUUGAAGGUUUCAGUGUUGCCAGGAGAUGUUUUCAGCCUGGUCAUGUCAAGACCAAAUGGAUUUAAAUACAAAAGCGGGCAAUAUAUAUUUCUAAAAUGCCCAAAAAUCUCCCCAUUUGAAUGGCAUCCAUUUUCAAUAACAUCGGCACCAGGAGACAACUAUUUGAGUGUUCAUAUACGGACGGUGGGAGAUUGGACCCAAGAGCUUAAGAGAGUAUUUACUGAGGAUGUGGGUUCAGCGUCUGUGAUUGGUAGAGCAAAGUUUGGGCAACCUGGCUACAUAGAUCAAAGAGGUUUGGCCAGAUUGCUCGUUGAUGGACCCUAUGGUGCUCCAGCGCAGGACUACAGAAAUUAUGAUGUCUUACUUCUUGUUGGGCUUGGAAUUGGAGCGACUCCUUUUGUAAGCAUACUCAGAGAACUAUUAAACAACACAAGGGCAGACGACCAUAUGGAUUCAGCUACCGAAACCAGCGGAUCAAAUAGCAGCCUUAGCAGUCGUACAAGUUGCUCAAAUUCAACAACAACAAGCGAAAAGAAGAAAUUACAGAGGACAACAAAUGCACAUUUCUACUGGGUUACCAGGGAACCUGGCUCCUUGGAAUGGUUCAAAGGGGUGAUGAAUGAGGUUGCAGAUAUGGAUCACAAAGGCCAGAUCGAAAUGCAUAACUAUCUGACGAGUGUUUAUGAGGAGGGAGAUGCAAGGUCUACACUUAUAACAAUGGUUCAGGCUCUCAACCAUGCCAAACAUGGCGUUGACAUCUUAUCUGGCACCAGAGUAAGGACUCAUUUUGCCAGACCAAACUGGAAAGAAGUCUUCCACAAACUAGCCUCCAAGCAUCCGUUUGCCACAGUAGGAGUGUUCUAUUGUGGGAUGCCCCUGUUGGCUAAGGAGCUGAGGAAGCUGUCCCAUGAACUGACUCACCAGACAUCAACACGCUUCGAGUUCCACAAGGAGAAUUUCUGAAGCAAGAAAUUUUAGUUACCAGCAAUACAUCAUGCUCUUAUUAUUAUACAUCUAUUUUUUGGUAAUUAUGAGAAUGACUUAGGGAAAUAUUAUAUAUAUAUAUAUAUAGAUACGUAAACAGCAUAAUGUAAAUGCAUAAAACUACACAGUUGAUGGUGAUGCCAAAACUGCCCAAAUAAUAGAAUUUCCAAAGAAGAGGAUACAAAUAUCUCCCCUUA